AUGGGUACGGUUCGAAAACUCAUAGUAGAAGUUAUAGACGCACAAAACCUUGCACCAAAGGACGGUCACGGAACUUCAAGUCCUUAUAUCGUUAUUGACUUCUACGGUCAAAGAAAAAAAACUCGAACCGCGGUUCGCGACUUGAACCCGGUUUGGAAUGAAACGUUGUCGUUUAACGUUGGUGAACAUAACGAAAUUUUCGGUGACGUGUUAGAACUCGACGUUUACCAUGAUCUGAAACAUGGGCCAAUUCGGAGAGAAAACUCACUCGGUCGAGUUCGACUCAGUUCAACUCAGUUCGUUAGAAAAGGUGAAGAAGCUUUGAUUUAUUAUGAGUUGAAGAAGAAAAGUUUGUUCAACACCGCACAAGGAAAAAUCGGCUUGAAAAUUUACUACGUAGAUGAAGAAAUUGCUCUGGAACCGGCACCGGUUAAACCAGCAUCACCACCGCCGGAGAAGAUAGAUGAAGCUAAGAUUAAUGAAACAGAAGUAGAGCCAUCACCGGCGCCACCGUCUGAACCAUCGCCAGAAGAUCUUCCGGAGGUUGAGAAAACCGAACCAGCACCGCCACCCGAAGCUGAUCCCGAACCAAAGUCUAAACCAAAACUUAAAGAAGAAGGUGAAGAUCCUGUGGAUGCGUUACCACCGGAAGCAUUUGAAAUGGCAGCAGCAUCUAUAUCAAGGUCAAAUUCAGAAAUCAGAUUCAGCGGAAUCAACGGUCCACAGCCAAUAAGAAGAUCAGCAUCAACGACUAGUUUUACAUCAGAAGCUUCAGUAGACAGCAUGUUGAUCGAACGGUCCACUUUCGAUCUCGUUGAAAAAAUGCACUACCUCUUCGUUCGUAUUGUAAAAGCAAGGUACUUACCUACAAACGGUAACCCGAUAGUGAAGAUUUCAGUUUCGGGUUCAGAUCACACCGUUAAUUCCAAACCCGCUCUCAAAACAACGUUAUUCGAAUGGAACCAAACAUUCGCUUUCACCCGCGACACACAGGAUUCUUCCCCUAUACUUGAAAUCACCGUAUGGGACCCACAAGCUGACGUGGAGAAUCAUAGUUUGCUUGGUGGUGUUUGUUUCGACGUAAAUGAGAUUCCGGUGAGGGACCCACCAGACAGUUCUUUGGCGCCACAGUGGUAUAGAAUGGAAGGUGGUGGGGCCCAGCAUGGUGACAUAAUGAUUGCCACGUGGGUUGGUACACAAGCUGACGAAUCAUUUUCUGACGCGUGGAAGAGUGACACCUCUAAUCACGUGACUUCAAAAGCGAAAGUUUAUCAAUCACCAAAGCUAUGGUAUCUUCGUGUAACAAUUCUUGAAGCUCAAGAUAAUAAUACAACGCCAUUAACUCCGUUAAAAGAGAAAUGGUUUCAGUUUCAAAUCAGAGCUCAGAUUGGAUUUCAAGUGUUUAAAACGAAAACGGCCGUUACUAAAAACGGUGUCGUAUCGUGGAAUGAAGAUCUUCUAUUUGUUGUAGCGGAGCCAGUGUCUAUAAGUGAUUGCAUUGUUAUAAAUUUGGAAAACCGGCAACCGAAAGCGUCGGUGACAAUGGGUAUUGUGAAAAUACCUUUAGCGACAGUUGAAAGAAGAGUUGAUGACCGGAACGUCGGGUCACGCUGGUUUACUUUUGAAAAUCCAAAUGAAGAAAACAAAAAUGGUUACAAAGGAAGAGUGCACUUACGGUUAUGUUUCGAUGGAGGGUAUCACGUGAUGGAUGAGGCUACUCACGUGAGUAGUGAUUACCGGCCAACCGCAAGACAACUUUGGAAACCACCGGUUGGAAGUAUUGAACUUGGUAUUAUUGGUUGUAAGAAUUUGAUACCGAUGAAAACGGUAAACGGUAAGAGCUUCACGGAUGGUUACUGUGUUGCGAAGUAUGGGGACAAAUGGGUACGAACGAGAACUGUUUCGGAUAGUUUGGAGCCGAAAUGGAAUGAGCAAUACACGUGGAAGGUUUUUGAUCCGUCAACUGUUUUGACGGUCGGAGUUUUUGAUAGCUGUUCAGUUUUCGAAUGGAAUGAUUCAAAAACUGAAACAAUUAGCGGCUCAACAAAGUCGGAUUUUCGUAUUGGUAAAGUACGCAUACGUAUUUCCACACUUCAAAAUGGUCGAGUGUAUAAAAAUGUGUAUCCGCUUUUGGUUCUGACACAUGGUGGUUUGAAAAAGAUGGGUGAGAUUGAGAUAGCGAUAAGAUUUGUUCGCACGGUUCAACGGUUGGAUUUUCUUCAUGUGUACUCUCAGCCAAUGUUGCCGUUGAUGCAUCAUAUAAAACCAUUGGGUGUGGUUCAUCAAGAGGUGUUGCGAAAUACGGCGGUAAAAAUGGUGGCGGGGCAUCUUUCGAGGUCUGAGCCGCCGUUGAGAAAAGAAGUUGUGUUUUAUAUGCUUGAUGUUGAUUCGCAUAAUUUUAGUAUUAGGAAGGUACGUGUAAAUUGGUAUAGGAUAAUUAAUGUGGUUGCUGGUUUGAUUGAGAUCGUACGGUGGAUAGAAGAUACACGUGGAUGGAAGAAUCCGACGGCUACGAUUCUUGUUCACGCUUUACUUGUUAUGUUGGUUUGGUUUCCUGAUUUGAUCGUUCCCACGUUGGCAUUUUAUGUCUUUGCUAUUGGCGCAUGGAACUAUAGGUUUCGAGCGCGUGGUCCUCUUCCACAUUUUGAUUCGAAGAUUUCACUUGUUGAUGUGGUGGAUAUGGAGGAGUUGGAUGAAGAGUUUGAUACAAUGCCAAGUAGUAGGUCGGGUGAAGCAAUACGUAUGAGGUAUGAUAAGUUGCGUACACUUGGGGCACGUGUGCAGACAGUGUUAGGAGAUUUGGCGACUCAAGGGGAGCGCGUGCAAGCAGUGGUCACUUGGCGUGAUCCAUGUGCUACUGGAAUUUUUAUUUUCUUAUGUUUGGUUGUGGCAAUGAUAUUGUAUUUGGUGCCUUCGAAGAUGGUCGCUAUGGCUUUUGGAUUCUAUUAUCUUCGCCACCCUAUCUUUCGUGACCGCUUACCGUCACCAGUGUUGAAUUUUUUUAGAAGACUUCCUUCAUUGUCAGAUCGAAUUAUGUAG